CUUCCCAAUGCUCCUCCCUGCCAAAGAAAGACAUCGCUGGAACACCAACGAGAGACGACAGAGCAUCUGCCAUUGUGGUUUCCCAGUUUUUUUGAACUCGUCAUCUGAACCUUGACCUUCGUCAUAACCUUGGAGAUUGCGGCCUACCUGAUUACGUUUGAAAAACAUGAGGAGUGGCUGACGACGUCCCCCAAAACCAGGCCGCAAAAUGGGUCUAUGAUCCUCUACAACAGGAAGAAGGUGAAGUACAGAAAGGAUGGCUACUGCUGGAAGAAGAGGAAAGAUGGGAAAACCACGCGAGAGGAUCACAUGAAGCUCAAAGUGCAGGGAGUCGAGUGUUUGUAUGGCUGCUAUGUCCACUCCUCCAUCAUUCCCACCUUCCACCGCCGCUGUUACUGGCUGCUACAGAACCCUGACAUUGUGCUGGUCCACUACCUGAACGUGCCCGCCAUAGAGGAUUGUGGGAAACCGUGCGGGCCCAUCCUGUGCUCCAUCAACACGGAUAAGAAAGAGUGGGCCAAAUGGACCAAGGAAGAACUCAUCGGGCAGCUCAAACCCAUGUUUCAUGGCAUCAAGUGGACUUGCAGCAACGGGAAUAGCAGCACUGGCUUCUCAGCAGAGCAGCUGGUGCAGCAAAUUCUGGACAGCCACCAGACCAAACCACCUCCCCGGACUCACAACUGCCUCUGCACGGGAAACCUGGGUGCUGGGAGCAGCCUGCAUCACAAAUGCAACAGUGCCAAACACCGUAUCAUCUCCCCGAAAGUGGACCCACGCACUGGAGGCGCCUACAGCAGCACCCACUCCGAAGUUCAGAACAACGACGUGUCAGAGGGAAAGACGGAGCACAGUCACGGCGGGGGCAAAAACGGCAGGGCAGGGGCAGACGGCGCUGGUGGAACGGGCGGCCGAGAGAAAAGGAACGGCAAGGUGCACAAGCCAGCGCUGCUCCACCAGAACAGCAUGGAGGUGUCCUCAUCCAACCAGGUGGAAGUGCCAGAUACCACCCAGAGCUCACCUGUCUCCAUUAGCAGCGGGCUAAACUCCGACCCUGAUAUGGCCGACAGUCCCGUGGUGACAGGAAUGGGCCACGUAGCCUCGGUAAUGAGCAGCCUGUCUCAGUCUGCCACUGUAUUCAUGUCAGAGGUCUCUGGAGACCCUGUCUAUAGCAUGUCCCCCACUGUAGACCCUAACGCUCACCUCUUGGGGCCCGACACAGCCUCAAGCAGUCUGGUGUUAGCAGUGACAGCCGACAGUCACAAAUUUGCCUUUGCUGGAGCGGUUGGAGUGGGGUUAGCAGACGCAGGGUCCACAGACGGACUUGCUAUGCUGUCCACAGCCAGUGUGUCUGAAGAACUGGUGCUGACUAGUAACCUGGAAUCUGGGAGUAUUAAGCUGCCCGAGACUAAUAUGAACUUUGACCCUGACUGCUUCCUCAACAACCCCAAGCAAGGUCAGACCUACGGAGGGAAUGGGCUGAAAACCGAGGAGAGCAGCAGGAGCAGCUGCAGUAACGGAGGGUUGAGGUGUUCCCCGCCGCUCAACGACAACAGUUACGGCUUCAAUACCUCUCUGGUGAAGAACAUCAAAACGGAGGACACGUCAUUUGAACAGCAGCUGGCAAAAGAGAGUGGAUAUCAGGUUGGAGAAGUGGUGAGUGGUGCUGUCAGUAUGUCUGGUUCCUCAAACGGCGGUUCGGCCCAAAACUCCCUGGCUCUGACACCCACUGGUUCACUGUUGCCGUCUGGAGGUGGACUCAGUCCCAGCACUACCCUUGAGCAGAUGGAUUUCAGUGCAAUUGAUGCCAAGCAAGACUACCCAUCCAGUGUUAUGUCAGCGGCGGGCUACGGCCAGUCGAUCUCCAGCUCUCACCUGGCCCACCAGAGUCACUCCCCCAGCUUCUUCCUGCAAGGUUCUCCACAGUCCCAAACCCAGAACAACUCCAGUUCGACCCAGAACUCUCACGACUCCAAUGCCUACAUGGGCAUGUCUGUCGUCAAAACAGACUCAACGGGAACUAAUGGGCAUCUCCACCACCAUCAUCAUACCCACCCCAGCCAGCGCACUGCCUCUAACUGCAACGGCGGCUCUCCAACCGAACGUAAUGGACCGGCUGGGUCGCUCCAGCUUCUGCAGUACCAGAACCGCUUUCCAACACCGGUUCAGGAGCAUGAGGAAGUGGGUGGUUUGGAACAGCCAAUAGGAGCAGAACAAGGAGAAGGAGGUGUUCAAGAGAAGGACUCGGAUGGUCUUAUGAAACCAGGGGAGCAUUUGCAGACUGGUGAAGGAGGCGAAGCCGAGGGUGUAGGAGGCGCAGAGCAUUACCUCCAGCAACCAACGGAAGGUGGUGGAGUCGGGCCGGGAUCUGGAGGAACGAGCGCGAGGGCAGAAAGUGGAACCCUGUGCAAUGAUGCCGAGGCAAGUGGAACCACCAGUCAACAGCUCCAGCCGCUCCUGCAAGGAGCCGGUUUGGUGCAGGGGCUUUUUAGCACCGUGGGCGCCCAUCAGAGCCUGGGCAGUAGUGGAACCAACGGAGGGGGCUCCAUGGAGAUUAAUCUGGACCACUUUGAUGUUUCCUUCGGGAAUCAGUUCUCAGAUCUCAUCAAUGACUUCAUUUCGGUAGAGGGUGGAAGUGGAACGGCGGUAGUGGCAGGUGCCAAUGCUCUCUACAGCCAUCAGCUGAUGACCCAUUCAGGAACAGAGGGGCAGGUCUCCUCUGGAACUGCUGCGCAACAAGGUGCAGAUGAAGUAGCUCAUGGGGCAAGGGGGUACAAUUCUGCAGACCUCUGUCUCCAGUCCUGUUGCAGCCCUCAGUCUACACAGGCUGGGGCAGUGGCAGGUGAGGCAGGACAGCUGGCAUAUAUGCAGGUGGCCGAGGCCGUGUCGGCAGCUGUGGCGCAUGGAAACAUGGGAAUGUUACAGGCUACCGGAAGGCUUUUUGUGGUGACAGACUAUUCUCCAGAGUGGUCUUAUCCUGAGGGUGGUGUGAAGGUGCUGAUCACCGGUCCAUGGCAGGAGGCCAGCAGUGAAUAUACCUGUCUGUUUGAUCAGAUAACAGUUCCAGCCUCCCUAAUCCAGCCCGGGGUGCUACGCUGUUACUGCCCAGCUCAUGACACAGGCCUGGUGACCCUGCAGGUAGCAGCCAGCAGUCAAAUCAUCUCCAAUUCAGUGGUGUUUGAGUAUAAAGCCCGUGCCCUGCCUGCCCUGCCCUCUUCUCAACACGACUGGCUCUCACUGGACGAUAACCAGUUCAGAAUGUCCAUCUUGGAACGCCUAGAGCAGAUGGAGCGAAGGAUGGCAGAGAUGGCUGGUCAGCAGCAGCAACUGACCAGUGGAGGGCCAUCUGAGAGUGGAGGAACCGGAACUGGAGGAGAAGGAGGAAGAAGCAAUUCUGAACAGGCGCAGUUCUCACCAGGUCAGGGUCAAAGCCAGGGUCAAGGUCCAGCUGGCAACUCGUUUGAGAGCCGUGUGGUGGUAGUUUGUGAAAAGAUGAUGAACCGUGCAUGCUGGGCCAAGUCCAAGCACCUGAUCCACUCCAAGACAUUCAGGGGCAUGACUCUUCUUCAUCUGGCAGCCGCCCAGGGCUACACCACACUUAUCCAAACACUUAUCAAGUGGCGCACUAAGCACGCAGACAGUAUUGACCUGGAACUUGAGGUCGAUCCUCUAAACGUGGAUCAUUUCUCUUGCACACCAUUGAUGUGGGCUUGCGCUUUGGGUCAUAUGGAAGCAGCAGUGGUUCUGUAUAAAUGGGAUCGGCGAGCUUUGGCCAUCCCAGAUUCUUUGGGUCGCUUACCGCUGGCUAUUGCCCGGUCCCGUGGCCAUACCAAGCUGGCAGAAUGUCUGGAAAGCCUUCAAAGGGAGGAGCAGCAGUCAGGAGCACUGAAUACAACUCCCAGCAUGCCUUUCUCACCAUCUACUGAGACCUCAGCUGCAGAGGGGUGGAUGAAUGUUUGGGGUUCAGAGACAUCUUCAAUUGGGCUGAAAGGAAGCAACAUCACUAGUUCUGCUUCCAGUUCCAGCUCAGACUUGAGGAGACCCAGGUCGGAACCAUCUAGUUUCUAUAGCAAUGUUAGUCAUGGGGAUGCCCCGUUGAGCAAGAAACACAAACCCAACCCCGAGACCCUUCAAACUCGGCCCAGCAAACCCUGCUCUGCACCUCUCGGACUAGAAGAACAGACCCACAAGCCUAAAACAAGCCCUUCUAAACUGAGGGAAGGUACUGCAGAGAAAGAGCAAGGAGAUGGUGAGCAGUCUCAGACUAAGCUGGGCUCAACUUGUGGAGGUGGGAGCUGGGGUUCCAGACAGGCUGCAGGACGCAGAGUGCCAACUGUAGGACUUGGCAAGGAAAGGCUUGCGAACAGACUGAGAUUAAGAGAGAUUGCUAGUGCGGGAACAAUCUCUGAUCUGCGGACAACCCAAGAGGAUCUGGAGAAUGCAGGAGGCCUGCAGAACAUGAACAUGAUGACUUUAGCAGAGGAAGUCAUUGAGGCGACAUCUGAUCGUAUCAAGAGGGAAAACUUUGUUGCAUCAGAAACAACACUGGAUGGUGUUGGAGUCAGCAGCACCAUGAGCUGGUUGGCCAGUUACCUUGGAGAUGCAGAGAGGUUCCUGUUUAACAAGCCCCUAACUUCCUCUCCUGGACUGGGCCCAGUGCACGGUGGAGGACAGCCAGAACUCGAUGGUUCUCUUGGGAAGCUUGGCCUCCAAACCCCUGCUGAAUGGACUGCGCUCCUCAAUGCCUCCCACAACAAGGAGGAGCGCGACCUGACCCAGCUGGCCCUGUCUGAUCCCGAACAGAGAGAACUUUAUGAGGCAGCCCGGCAGGUCCAGAACACCUUCCGCAAAUACAAGGGUCGUCCACUUCGGGAGCAGCAGGAACUGGCAGCUGCUGUCAUUCAGCGCUGUUAUAAGAGGUACAAACAGCUGACAUGGAUAGCCUUGAAGUAUGCACUUUAUAAGAAGAUGACGCUGGCCGCCAUCCUUAUCCAGAGUAAAUUCCGCAGCUACCACGAACAGAAGAAGUUCCAGCAGAGUCGCAGGGCAGCCAUGCUGAUCCAGCAAUAUUACCGCAGCUACAAAGAGCUUGGCCGGCCGAACCCAUGCAGCCGAGCCACUGCAGCUGCACUGGUGCAGCAAAAACUCAGAAGUUUACUGACCAAGAGACAAGACCAGGCUGCCAGAAAAAUAAUGCGGUUUCUCCUGCGGUGCCGUCACAGCCCCUUGAUGGACCAUAGACUAUUCAAACGGGGUGAAAGAAUUGAGAAAGGCCAAGGAACAUGAGAGCGCAGCAAAGAGCCCCGUCGCAAUGUAACAUCUCCGAGCGGACUCUUUCUCUUCAUUGCGUUUUUACAAGAGAUAAACAAUUUACAAAAAAAGCAAAAAUUCUUCAGGAAGGGGGACACGGAAGAUCAUCGGAUAUGCGACGGUUGAACUCUAGCAGCGUUGUGACUGAUUCUGCUCCUGCAUUAUGUAUUUUCUCGCUCCCGGGGAACUGAAAUCAAGACUAUUGGGGAAAUAUGACAUUAUCUUCAUGGCAUUUUUGCACUCUUCAUAGAUUUUUUUUCUUUAGAUUACAGAAAAAAACAAAAACAAAGGAAGACCAAGGAGCAAAGACUUUUUAUUCCGACGAAGCUUGUAAAAUAUCACGCGACAUGAACAGAUCAACGUCAGAAAAACGUCAUGCUGGAGGCUGCUUCAGAUUACAUUUUUAUAUUUUGAAAGGAAAAAAAAAGACAACAAUCAACAAGUUUGGGGGGGGGGGCAAAACCUAGAAAAUGUAAACCAAAAAAAGGCCUCAUUGCAGUGACCAUAUGCAUGCAGAGUAUUUGAAAUCAGUCUCUCAUCUCCACAAAUCUUUGUUUUAUGACAAAUGCUGUCCGUUCAUUCAAAGGGAAGCCUUCAUAUGAAUGUAGAUGGGGUCAGGGCAAAAAUGCUGGGUUUGAAAUAUCAGUGUCUUACCUUUGUCUUUAUGGGUGUUAGGGGACUUCUGACAACAAAUUGGGGGAUUGAAGUGAAGCCCUCUGGGCUACUGUUUCGUGUGCACUGUUUUCGACUUUCUUAUGGGUCCUUUUCUUAAUGUCAUUUUUGCUGGCCUGACUUUGUGUGUCCUGUGUUUGUUGAAUUGAAUCUGGAUACAGUGCAUGUGUUUGAGCAAAAUGCUCCUGCAUGCUAUGUAAAUGUUUUUUGUGUUUUAUUUUCAUUCAUUCAUAUUGGUGAUAUUGUGGCACCAUCAAACUAGACUGUAUAAGCCUGUUUGUUUUCGAGUACAUUGUUAUAAAACCAUUAUUUUUAUAUAGUUUAAUUAUUUAUUUAUAAGCUUUCUUAACUUUUUUUGCCUUUAGCAUUAUUGCAUUUUUUUUUAAUUGUGUGAAGGUUUUAAAAAACUCCUGACCUUUUUUAAUGUGAACUGUACUAUCCAUUGUGCCACAGCGCCAAACGUAUAUUUGCAAAGGUUAUCUUCCAUUUUUGUGUGUGUGCGUGUUGUGAUACGUUUCUUCAUUGUUACUGUUGGUUGAUUUCGAAGAGCUCCAGAAAGCCUCCACAAGCUUUCCCGUGGAGUUUCACUGAACAUUGCCUUGACUUCUUGACUUUUUGAAGGGUCCCUAUACAGAAGCUUCAAAAAAAACUACAAAAAUCCAUAUUUUUGACUAUUUAAGUGGUCCCUGUACAUAUGAAGAUGGGUGAAGGAACACUGAUAGCCAGAAACUUUUUCCGAAGAGGAUUGUAUUUAAGAAUAUAUAGUAUUUUAUUCAUAAAUUGGAUUAUAACACAUUAAGAGACAAACAAAAAAUAUAUUGUAUAGUUUUCUUUGAACGCCCAAGAUGUACGGUUUGUAAAUAUUGUAAAUACUGGUUGCGAAGAAGGAGCCAUGUGCAUGAAACUUUAAGACAUUGAGCAUAAUGUAAAGAUCAAAUGUAGUGGCAAUGGUCUGUAAUACGAUUUGAACAACUUCACUGGAAGACUUUGUUGAAAAUGUUCUUUCACAGAACAUUCUCUCAAGCAUGACAUGAUUCACGAUAAAACCGUAGAUUUAGCGGAAGAGCCAAGCGAAUCCAUUAGACACAGCAGGAUCUUUCUUUUUCAGGGUUAGCGGAAAUAAAAUAGUAUUUUGUUUGGCUUUGUUUUAACCGAUGGUGACCAGUCAUGUGAAUGCUACAGGACUUAAAUAAGCUAUUCCUUUGAGAAGUAUUGGAAGAAUUAGUAUUGAAUGAGCAAACUUCACUCACACACCCAACAGUUACAGCUGAGGUUUCUACGAUACAUGGGGAUGAAAUGUCUCCACGGUUUUGUCUUGUAUACCAUUACUAGAAAGUGUACUCACAUUUUAUCGUCUUGAACUCAUCGUGAACAAUGGUAUUGGAUGGAGUCAGGAGGUUAAACGCAGGUCAUGUAAUUAAAAAGGAUGUUGACGUGAGGGUUGUGAAUGGUUAUUUCCAGCAGGCGAUUUCCAUACACGUGCUUACAUGCGAGAAUCAAACACUGAGAGGCCACGAAAACGGUCAUGGAUACAUAUUGUGAAUGUAGCUCAAAACACGUAUGUUUCGACUGCCAUGUUCAUAGCUUUCUUUUUGAUUGUUUCUUCAUUUCUUGGGGGGCUGCUACCAACUUUCAAAACCCCAUGGUUGAGUCACACCGAAUCAUAUUGAUUUCUGUCGUACGUUUUGUUUUUCGUUUGCGCUCGUGCCAGCUAUAUAGAAAUAAGCGUCUUUCACAGAUUUCCCUGAAAGAAAUUUGAGACUGACCCCCUGAACUUCCAAAGCGAUUUCAGCUGAUGAGAGGCAUCAUUUUAACUUACACCAGCACAUUUAGCCUGUUAAAGAAAGCAAGGACGAGGAAAGAAUGUGGUGCUUAUCUGCUGAAAUGUAGUUUUAUUUCUAUUCCCCACAUGUAGAUCCAUUGUUUUAGAAGUUAAAUGUUUCCUCAUGAUCUCAGAGACUCAGUAUCAGUAUUAUUAUAGAAAGUGCCUAAAACAUUCAACCGAUAUCAGGAGUGUGUCGUUCCUAAAGUUGUUCCAUAUGAACCAGUUGCUCAUUUUUUAACGGUAUGCAACGCUAAAGGCUAGUUUUACUGUCCAAACAGGAGCCCAGGUCUGUUUUCUCCUCUCACACCCUUUUCACUCCUUAAACACGGACACAGAGUGUGAAGGCACCUUUCAUUUUGAGUUUUUUUUUGUCGCCUGCUCAUUCUGAUUAUAUCUCCACAAAGCGACUUUGAGUGACCCAGUAACAUACUAUGCAUGCUUUCAUUAUUUCUUUCAUUUUGUAUACUUUUCUUUCUCUUUUUCCAUGUCAGAUCUAAACUGGGCCAGAAAAGUAGGACACGCUCAGUGUAGUUGGCGCAUUAUGUUAUAACUCCAUCCGGUUGUUAGUUUCAAGUCAGAGCACAACUCCAAGCAAAGGUGGCCGCCCUUUACAUCCCUUUCCUUUUCCGGCCCGACUUGAAACUUCAGGAAAUCAUACGCGAAAGUCCUCAGUAUCCACCAGGAAAAGCUGUUUAUGGAUCACCAGGUAUAUGUAUCUCAGUUUGGGUCAUUCAUCUUAGGCAAGGGAAAAAUCUGCCUCCCUUUUGUAGUUUUACUCAGGGUGCUAAAACAGGGAGAUGGUGUUUAGCAUGGAGACUAGAUUAGGCUAUAGGUUAAGUCUCCAGGUUCAGCUCAGAAUCAACAGGAGAAACCACUGGGAAUAUGUACUUCCAUAUGUACGUUCGCUUUGUUACAAAACCACUGCUUUCAGAGACAGACCGCCACUCGGGUAACAGGAUAGACUAUGUUUAUAGAGUUUUUAGACCAUUUUUCCAAAACUGAGCAGGUAUCAUUGUUCGUGCAGGUAUCACCGCUCAUUUAGUAUUGCCAUAUCCCCAUGGGAUUGGGAAUGCAUAAGUAUACCUCAGCGCCAAAUACCUUCAGAAUAAGGUGGGAGAUCCCGUCCUCUUAUGAAACAGCUCAACAUACGUGCAUCCGGAUCAUGCUUUCCGUAUUUUUGUGUCAGAUAAGAGAAAUAUGCACUUUGUACAGCUCACCAUCUGAGCCCUGGUACGUUGUAAGCGCGUCUGUGAGUGUGCUUUAUCUCGACGGAUGACCACAUGAGACCACAGUGAAGGUUAUAGCAAAACGAGGGAAAACAAUAUACUGGUGCAGUUGGAAGUUUGUACGAUGUCCUAAAUCCUCUCUUUGGAGCUCCGGAAAUGCAGGUUGGGCUUAAACAGAACUGAAAAUCCACUCGAUUAUAAGCUUUUCACUUACAAGUACAGAGCAAUAAACACUUUGUUGUAGACAAGCUCUUUAGGUUGAAAGAAUAUGGAUAAGUCAAACAUAAAAAAAUAAAUAAAAAUAGAAAGAAAGAAAAACAAACAAAAAAACAUUGGGACAUGCUUAGUUCACUUCCUCUUAUGCAAUUACAGGUACACAGAGAGAGGUGUUCAGUGGUCUGUGGACAUUGAGUUCAUAUUUCCCAGCCCUAAUGCACGUUUUCAUCAUUUUAAAAUGAAGAAUA